AUUGAAUCGAUGCAAGCAGUUCAUACGAAUCAUCUAUUCAAUAUGCAUAAAACACAGUUUAGUCUCAUUGUUUUAGUGCUAUUGAAUAUUUAUGGAAAUCGAGCCAUCUUUUGGAAUAUAGAAAACUCUGAACUGCUAGUUUUACACAAUGCAUAUAGAAGGGAUAUAAAGUAUGGUACUGUUCUCGAUCAACCAAAAGCAGAGAGUAUGCUCACACUACAAUGGAGUCAUAAAUUGGCUAAACUAGCUCAAGCAUGGGCAUUUCAUUGUGUGCCAACACGAAGUAACUUAACCAUGAGGGAUGGUUCAAAAUGGACAUAUGUCGGCCAGAAUAUUGCUGUCGUUUCUAAAGUUAGAGACGCAGUGUCUGUGUGGUUUGACGAACAUAUGAACUACAAUUUCAAUAAAAAUAUUUGUCGACCAAAUAAAACCUGUGCAAAUUACAAACAAUUAGCAUUUGCCGAUACCACACAUAUUGGAUGUGGGUUUGCAAAGUGUAAAAAUCUAGAAGCACCAAAUAACAUACUUGUUGUUUGCAACUAUGGACCUGGGGGUAAAUAUAUCAAUAGAAAACCUUAUGAACCCAGAUUUUAUGAGGAUUUACCCUAUUUCAUUAUAGUCUAAUAACCGAAUAUAACUAAUGUUCAUGUAUGAAAACAGAAUAAUGUUUAAAUAUUUUACACUUUAACACAGUAUGGUUUAAAUUCAUGAUUAGAUAGAAUGUAUGAAUAACUGUUUGGUUAAUUAUAAGAAUGAUUAAAAUACUUCAAAAUCAAAA